AUGUCUUUCUCGAGUCUACGAGCUGGAAGACAAUCAAAGGAAUCCAAAUCUUUUGUCAAUGCCCCCAGUGCGGCAAAAGAGGAAUCCACAACACUCGUACCUACAAAAGCGGUUCUUUCUCCAGCGUCAGACUCAGCGUCUUCGAUUGCUGAAUUGUUAUACAGCACCAUCCCGGGGUUUCUGGAAGUCCGUACAACCUCGGAGGAUGGGCGAGGAAUCUGGACAAAACAAGGAAUCAAACGCGGAGCCGCCUUGCUGUCUGUGAAGCCCCAUAUCCAUGUCCUAUCCACCAAAAACUUAGAAUACUUCUGCUCGGCAUGUAUUGCCCCCACUCCAGAAUCAGGCUUGAAACGAUGCACACGUUGCCGCGUCGUCUGGUACUGCAGCGCCACUUGUCAAAACAAUGACUGGGUGACGCACAAGGCCGAGUGCUCUGCAAUGCAACGAUGGGCUGCAGGGGCGCCCUCGCCCGACGUCGCGAUACCCGCGGAGCCUAUCAGAGCUCUCGGUCGACUUCUCUGGAGAAAGCAAAAACAAGGCCUGAAGAGCAUUUGGGCUAGGGAAGUUGACCAAAUGCAAUCGCUACGGAAAUCCCUACCUCCAUUAGCAACGGAAUCUCAUACACACCUGGCUCAUGCUGUGAUCCGUUACCUUGGACUGAAUGCUCCUGGAGAAUUAGGAGCCUUUGGCAUCGCAAAUGCAGCUGACAUUGUCGAUGUUAUAUCGAGGUUUACAACAAAUUCUUUCACACUAACGUCGCCGUCGUUGAAUCCAUUGGGCGUUUCAGUUUCGCCUGUCGUUGCACUGAUAAAUCACUCUUGUGACCCAAAUGCUGUCGUUGUAUUCCCUCGCUCGUCGAGUAACCCAUCUACUCAAGAACCCUGCAUGCAGGUCGUUGCUAUACGUGACAUCGCUCCAGGAGAACAAGUUUUUACCGCGUAUAUCGACACGACUCUGCCAAAAUUGCAGAGGCAAAUGGCGCUAGAAUCGACAUAUAGUUUCAAGUGUAAAUGUACCCUCUGCUCGGAAGUUGCAGAUACAGAUUUAAGAGAGAGCGUUUGGUGUCCGAAGAAGUGCGGGGGAGCAUGCCCUCUUCCCACUGAAGAGGAUCCACUGACUCGCUGCAGGAAGUGUAAGGCCGUUGUGAUUGAUACUGAUGCUGUCCUUGACGCGGCCCGCAUCGGCCAAGAAGCCCUAGACAAGGCCAACGCGCUGCAAUUCUCCGACCUCCCCAAAGCCCUCCAACUAACAACCAACAUUGUCCCCAUCCUCACUUCCGCGAACCUCACUCCCGCUUCACAUCCCCUCCUCUCGCUAACCCGUCUCCACCAAUCUCUGCUCCUCGCGUCCUUCCCGCCGACACUCACCCAAGACGCCCUCGACACCGUCAUCCGCGCUGCCUCUUCGUCCUUGGCCGGCCUCUGCACAAUUCUUCGCCCGGGGCACCCCAUCCGUGCGCUGGCUAUCGCGGAGCUCGGAAAGCUCCUUGCAGUCGACGAGCCUUCUCCUGCCACGACUCCCUCGCCCGCAGGCGCGUUCCCGCCGUCCGGCGCGCCGCGCCUUAAUUUGGCUUAUGAGACACUGGUCAAGGCCAGAGCCGAGCUGAUGGUCGGGUUCGGAGAACAGAACGAAGGCGGGGAGGUAGGGAAGGAGGUAAGAGAAAUGAUCGUGCGAGUGGAAAGAGAGCUGGCGGCGUGGAAGCAGGGUGUGAAGAAUGUGAUAGAGGACACGCCAGCCUUGCAGACGGGGCGACGAAAGUAA